GGCGGAAACGGCCGCCCGGCGCCGGUGAUGACGUUCCAAGCGCUUCCGGAGCCGGGGCGGUGAGCGCGGCGCGCACGGAAGGGGUCGCGGCCAGGAGGGAUCCGCCACGGGGCGAGCGCGGGGGGGCGGGCGGCGACGCUCGAGGCCGCUUGAGCCGAGCGGCGGCUGAGGCCGGAGCGGCGGCCGAGCGGGGGGCGGGAGGGAGCGGACGUUGCGGCGCCGGGAGCAGGCGGGCGAACGGCGGCGACAAGUAUCGCGAGAGGUGGCGCGGCGCCGGCUCUAGAGGUGACCGAGGCGGCGGCGGCGGCGGCCCCGGGUGCCUCCUCCUUCCUCACCGGGGCGGAUCGGCGUGGGCGGCCAUGGACAAGGCGGCCGAGGGAGGCGGCGGCGGCGGCGACGCCGGUAGCGCCACGGCGGGGCCCGGUCCCCCGGAAGGGCUGAGCGGCGGGGCCGGCUCCUCGCCGCCGUCGUGCUCGGCCGGGGCGGCUGCGGCGGCGGCGGCGGCUCCGCGGGGGCUGGUUCGAGUGUGCGACCUGCUGCUGAAGAAGAAGGCGCCGGGCAAGGCGAAGCGAGGCGGGCGGGCCGGCCGAACGGCCAGCAGCAGCGAGAGCGGCGGAGGCGGCAGCGAGAGCAGCAACAACGGCAGCGAGGAGGAGGAGGAAGAGGACGAUGAGGAGGAGGAGGAAGAAGAGGAGGUGUCCGAGGUGGAAUCAUUUAUCCUGGAUCAGGAUGAUCUUGAAAACCCUAUGUUGGAAACAGCUUCCAAAUUGCUUUUGUCAAGUACUGCUGAUGGUGCUGACCUAAGAACUGUAGAUCCAGAAACCCAGGCAAGAUUAGAAGCUUUACUUGAAGCUGCAGGAAUAGGGAAACUAUCGACUGCUGAUGGUAAAGCAUUCGCAGAUCCUGAGGUGCUUCGCAGACUGACUUCUUCGGUCAGUUGCGCGUUGGAUGAAGCUGCUGCUGCACUUACACGGAUGAGAGCAGAAAGCACAGCAAAUGCAGGGCAGACGGACAACCGCAGCUUGGCAGAGGCUUGUUCAGAAGGGGAUGUAAAUGCUGUGCGGAAGCUGCUGGAUGAAGGAAGAAGUGUGAACGAGCACACAGAAGAAGGGGAAAGCCUCCUUUGUUUAGCCUGCUCAGCAGGAUAUUAUGAGCUUGCACAGGUUCUUCUGGCGAUGCAUGCUAAUGUAGAGGACCGAGGUAUUAAAGGAGACAUAACACCUUUAAUGGCUGCUGCUAAUGGCGGACAUGUCAAAAUUGUCAAGUUGCUGCUAGCUCAUGGUGCUGAUGUGAAUGCACAGUCAUCAACAGGCAAUACGGCUCUUACAUAUGCCUGUGCUGGAGGCUACGUUGAUGUUGUUAAAGUACUGCUGGAGUCGGGCGCUAGUAUUGAGGACCAUAAUGAAAAUGGUCACACUCCGCUAAUGGAAGCAGGAAGUGCUGGUCAUGUGGAAGUGGCCAGAGUGCUGUUAGAAAAUGGCGCUGGCAUAAAUACACAUUCCAAUGAGUUUAAGGAGAGCGCACUUACCCUGGCUUGUUACAAAGGUCAUCUAGAAAUGGUGAGAUUCUUGCUGGAAGCUGGUGCAGAUCAGGAACACAAGACAGAUGAAAUGCACACUGCUCUUAUGGAGGCUUGCAUGGAUGGCCAUGUGGAAGUGGCAAGAUUACUGCUUGACAGUGGGGCUCAGGUGAACAUGCCUGCUGACUCUUUCGAGUCUCCAUUGACUUUGGCAGCUUGUGGAGGGCAUGUUGAACUGGCAGCUUUGUUGAUUGAACGUGGAGCUAACUUGGAAGAGGUAAACGAUGAAGGAUAUACACCACUAAUGGAAGCAGCUAGAGAAGGCCAUGAAGAGAUGGUGGCACUACUACUUGGCCAAGGAGCGAACAUCAAUGCUCAAACAGAAGAGACACAAGAAACUGCCCUAACUCUGGCUUGCUGUGGAGGUUUUUUGGAGGUUGCCGAUUUUCUUAUUAAGGCAGGAGCUGAUAUAGAACUUGGUUGUUCAACACCUUUGAUGGAAGCUGCUCAAGAGGGUCAUUUGGAGUUGGUUAAAUAUUUAUUAGCUGCAGGGGCUAAUGUGCAUGCAACAACAGCAACAGGUGAUACAGCACUGACAUAUGCGUGUGAAAAUGGCCAUACCGAUGUAGCAGAUGUCUUACUUCAGGCAGGUGCGGAUCUGGAACAUGAAUCAGAAGGUGGAAGAACUCCUCUCAUGAAAGCUGCUAGGGCGGGUCAUGUGUGCACUGUUCAGUUCUUGAUUAGCAAAGGAGCAAAUGUGAACAGGACUACUGCUAACAAUGAUCACACAGUGUUAUCGCUGGCCUGUGCUGGAGGUCAUCUAGCAGUUGUGGAGUUACUGCUAGCUCAUGGUGCUGAUCCUACACACAGAUUGAAGGAUGGAUCAACUAUGUUAAUAGAGGCAGCGAAGGGUGGUCAUACCAGUGUGGUUUGUUACCUUCUAGACUACCCAAACAACUUGCUUUCUGCUCCUCCACCUGAUGCUACUCAGCUGACCCCGCCAUCCCAUGAUUUAAAUAGGGCUCCUCGUGUACCAGUGCAGGCGCUGCCCAUGGUCGUCCCACCCCAGGAGCCUGACAAACCCCCUGCUAAUGUCGCCACAACCCUUCCCAUCAGAAAUAAAGCUGCUUCUAAACAAAAGUCCAGCAGUCAUUUGCCAGCAAACAACCAGGAUGUACAGGGUUACAUCACCAAUCAGUCUCCAGAGAGCAUUGUAGAAGAGGCUCAGGGCAAGUUGACAGAGCUGGAGCAGAGGAUAAAAGAAGCCAUAGAGAAGAAUGCUCAGCUGCAGUCCUUGGAAUUGGCACACGCUGACCAGCUCACCAAAGAGAAGAUUGAGGAGCUGAACAAAACGAGAGAGGAACAAAUUCAGAAGAAACAAAAGAUUUUGGAGGAACUGCAGAAAGUGGAACGAGAGUUACAGCUGAAAACUCAGCAGCAGCUGAAAAAGCAAUAUCUAGAGGUAAAAGCGCAAAGAAUUCAGCUCCAGCAGCAGCAGCAGCAACAGUCUUGCCAGCACCUGGGACUUCUGACUCCUGUUGGGGUAGGAGAACAACUCUCAGAGGGAGACUAUGCACGAUUACAGCAAGUGGACCCCGUCUUGCUUAAAGAUGAUCCUCAGCAAGCUGCUGCACAGACGGGUUUUGCACCAAUUCAGCCUCUGGCGAUGCCACAAGCUUUGCCUCUGGCAGCAGGUUCCUUACCUCCAGGGUCCAUCGCAAAUCUUACAGAACUGCAAGGUGUUAUAGUUGGACAGCCAGUAUUGGGCCAAGCACAACUAGCAGGGCUGGGGCAAGGAAUACUGACAGAAACACAGCAAGGGUUAAUGGUAGCCAGCCCUGCUCAGACGCUCAAUGACACGCUGGAUGACAUCAUGGCAGCAGUGAGCGGAAGAGCAUCUGCAAUGUCAAACACUCCUACCCACAGCAUUGCAACUUCUGUCUCCCAGCCUCAGACGCCAACUCCAAGUCCUAUCAUUUCUCCUUCAGCCAUGCUACCAAUUUACCCUGCUAUAGAUAUUGAUGCCCAGACUGAGAGUAAUCAUGACACAGCAUUGACGCUUGCUUGUGCUGGUGGCCAUGAAGAACUAGUACAAACACUGCUAGAGAGAGGAGCCAAUAUCGAACAUAGGGACAAGAAAGGAUUUACUCCACUUAUCUUGGCUGCUACAGCUGGCCAUGUGGGUGUUGUUGAAAUCUUACUUGAUAAUGGAGCUGAUAUCGAAGCCCAGUCGGAGAGAACAAAGGACACUCCCUUGUCCUUGGCUUGUUCAGGAGGCAGACAAGAGGUGGUGGAGUUGCUUCUAGCUCGAGGUGCAAACAAAGAGCACAGGAAUGUUUCAGAUUAUACACCUUUAAGCCUUGCUGCUUCUGGUGGCUAUGUGAACAUUAUCAAGAUUCUGCUAAAUGCUGGGGCAGAAAUCAAUUCCAGAACUGGUAGCAAAUUGGGCAUUUCUCCCUUAAUGUUGGCAGCCAUGAAUGGCCACACUGCUGCUGUGAAGUUAUUACUGGACAUGGGCUCUGAUAUAAAUGCCCAGAUAGAGACCAAUAGAAAUACAGCACUAACUCUGGCUUGUUUCCAAGGGAGAACUGAAGUGGUUAGCCUGCUCCUUGAUAGAAAAGCAAAUGUGGAACAUAGAGCUAAGACUGGUCUCACGCCAUUAAUGGAAGCUGCUUCUGGUGGAUAUGCAGAAGUAGGCAGAGUUCUGCUGGACAAAGGUGCAGAUGUAAAUGCUCCUCCGGUACCCUCUUCAAGAGACACAGCUUUAACCAUUGCAGCAGACAAAGGGCACUACAAAUUCUGUGAGCUUCUUAUUAGCAGAGGAGCCCACAUUGAUGUGCGUAACAAGAAGGGGAAUACUCCACUGUGGCUGGCAGCAAAUGGAGGGCAUCUAGAUGUUGUCCAGUUGCUAGUUCAGGCUGGAGCAGAUGUGGAUGCUGCUGAUAACAGGAAAAUAACUCCUCUUAUGGCAGCCUUCCGAAAGGGUCAUGUAAAAGUGGUGCGCUACCUAGUGAAAGAAGUAAACCAGUUUCCAUCAGAUUCGGAAUGUAUGAGGUACAUAGCAACUAUUACUGAUAAGGAGAUGCUGAAGAAGUGCCACUUGUGUAUGGAAUCAAUUGUUCAAGCCAAAGAUAGACAGGCUGCCGAAGCCAACAAAAAUGCAAGCAUUCUUUUAGAGGAACUGGACUUGGAGAAGCUACGGGAAGAAAGUAGGAGAUUGGCUUUGGCUGCUAAAAGAGAGAAAAGAAAGGAGAAACGGAGGAAGAAAAAAGAAGAACAAAGAAGAAAAUUAGAAGAAAUUGAAGCUAAAAGUAAAGAGAAUUUUGAACUUCAAGCUGCUCAGGAGAAAGAGAAGCUAAAAGCUGAAGAUGAUCCAGAGGUCCCAAUGGAGCCUCCUAGCGCUACCACUACGACCACCAUAGGCAUAUCUGCAACUUGGACAACUUUAGCAGGUUCUCAUGGGAAAAGGAAUAAUACCAUCACCACAACAAGCUCCAAAAGGAAAAACAGGAAAAACAAAGUAGCCUCUGAUAAUGUUCAGAUCAUAUUUGAUGACCAGCUCCCAAUUUCUUAUAACCAACCAGAAAAAGUAAAUGGUGAAUCUAAGAGCAGCAGUACUAGUGAAAGUGGUGAUAGUGACAACAUGAGGAUUUCCAGCUGUAGCGAUGAAAGCAGCAAUAGCAACAGCAGCCACAAAAGUGACAAUCAUUCUUCCACAGCCGUUACUAACACACAGAGCAACAAAAAGCAACCAUCGGUUCUUGUUACUUGUCCGAAGGAUGAGAGGAAAGCAGUUACUGGCAAAUCAUCCAUAAAGUUGUCUGAAGUCAUCAAUGAAGUGACAAGUAAUUCCUUGUCUACUUGCACAAAGUCCGGUCCUUCCCCCCUUUCUUCUCCAAAUGGAAAGCUUACCAUUGCUAGCCCUAAACGUGGUCAAAAAAGGGAAGAAGGAUGGAAGGAAGUUGUAAGAAGAUCCAAGAAGGUUUCUGUUCCAUCAACUGUCAUUUCCAGAGUCAUUGGCAGAGGAGGAUGUAAUAUCAAUGCUAUACGUGAAUGCACGGGAGCACACAUAGACAUUGACAAACAGAAGGACAAAACUGGAGAUAGAAUAAUAACGAUAAGGGGUGGCACAGAAUCAACAAGACAGGCCACACAGUUGAUUAAUGCUCUGAUUAAGGAUCCAGAUAAAGAAAUCGAUGAACUUAUUCCAAAGAACCGCUUGAAAAGUUCAUCUGCAAACUCCAAAGUAGGGACAUCAACACCUGCUGCCACUACAGCUGCUAACAGUUCUCUUGUGGGAAUCAAAGUGACCACUGUAGCUGCUUCAUCAACAUCUCAAACUGCCUCUGCACUCACCGUGCCUGCAAUUUCUUCAGCAUCUAAUCACAAAACCAUUAAGAAUCCAGUGAAUAAUGUGCGACCUGGUUUCCAAGUCUCUCUUCCAUUAGCAUAUCCUCCUCCGCAGUUUGCACAUGCUUUACUCGCUGCUCAGACUUUCCAGCAAAUCCGUCCGCCUCGGUUGCCCAUGACGCACUUUGGAGGUACUUUCCCACCAGCUCAGUCCACAUGGGGUCCGUUUCCUGUUAGGCCGUUGAGCCCUGCAAGAGCUACCAAUUCGCCUAAACCUCACAUGGUGCCUCGCCAUAACAGUCAGAACAGCAGUGGUUCUCAGGUGAAUUCAGCAAGUUCUUUGACAACUAGUCCAACAGCUACAACAAGUUCAGUGGCUUCUACUGUGCCUGGUUCUUCUGCAAAUGGCAGUCCAAGUUCACCUUCAGUCAGAAGGCAGCUUUUUGUUACUGUUGUGAAGACGUCAAAUGCCACGACAACCACGGUGACAACCACAGCAAGUAACACCAGCACAGCGGCUACUAAUGCCACAUAUCCAGUUCCUACUGCCAAAGAACACUACCCUGCAUCUUCCCCAUCAUCACCUUCUCCUCCGGCACAGCCAGCAGGCGUUUCUAGAAGCAGUCCUUCAGACUGUGCAGCAGCCUCUCCUAAAAAUAAAGGUGCACCUUCGUCUGAUCAGGAAGUGGGUAGUCCGCCAGCAGUAGAAACAAGCAGCUCAACCAGCACUAGGCAGCCCAGUACAGGUUCUGGGAGUUCCUCUGUGCACCCUGCUCAUCAGCAGCCUCCAGGAGCUCCUCUGCAAGAGGCAAGACCCCCUCUUCAGCAACCUCAGGUUCCUACACCAGAUCCUCGAAUGGUUGUGCCUCCAAAUUUAGCAGUGACGAGCUCAUCUGCUCCUGUGGCAGGUCCAGCAAAUGCCCCAAUGACCUAUCCCAUGUCUCAGACAUCAAUGGGGUCUUCUCAGCCUGCAGCUAAGAUGGAAACCCCUGCCAUCAGACCGCCUGUCCACGGAACUGGCAGCGUCCAUAAGAAUCCAGCUCCUGUGCAAAAUUCUUCUGUUGCAGUCCUCAAUGUUAAUCAUAUCAAAAGGCCCCCCAGCGUUCCUUCUUCAGUGCAGCUUCCUUCUACCUUAAGUACACAAAGUGCUUCUCAGAAUUCAGCCCAUCCAGCAAACAAGUCCAUGGGUAACAAUUUCAGUGCUACUUUACCGUUUGGGCCCUUUAGUACAUUGUUUGAGAACAAUCCUACGUCUGCUCAUGCCUUCUGGGGUGGUUCUGUCGUUUCAUCUCAGACAACACCAGAAUCUAUGCUGUCAGGAAAGUCUUCAUUUUUGCCAAAUUCAGAGCCUUUACAUCAGUCUGAUACUUCCAAAGCCCCAGGCUUUAGGCCCCCAUUACAGAGGCCAGCUCCAAGUCCCUCAGGUAUUGUCAGUAUGGAUUCACCCUAUGCUCCUGUAACACCUUCGUCUACACACCUGGGUAACUUUGCCUCAAACCUUUCCGGAGGUCAGAUAUAUGCACCUGGGGCACCUCUUGGUGGAGCACCUGCAGCUGCUAAUUUUAACAGACAGCAUUUUUCCCCACUUAGUUUAUUGCCUCCAUGUUCAUCAGCAUCAAACGAAUCUCCUGCUCAGUCGGUGUCUUCUGGAGUAAGAACACAGUCUCCCACCCCCUCAGCAGUGUCCUUGGGAUCAGAAAAAUCCAGUAAUGUUUCUCAGGACAGAAAAGUUCCUGUUCCAAUUGGGACUGAACGGUCUGCACGCAUUAGACAAACUGGAACUUCUACUCCAUCUGUUAUUGGGAGCAACUUAGCUGCUCCAGUGGGACAUAGUGGUAUCUGGUCUUUCGAAGGUAUAGGUGGCAAUCAAGAUAAAGUGGACUGGUGUCACAGUGGAAUGGGGAGCCACAUGAUCCACAGGCCCAUGUCUGAUCCAGGUGUGUUUUCACACCAAGCCAUGGAAAGAGACAGCACGGGAAUCAUAACGCCUUCUGGUACAUUCCAUCAGCCCGUUCCUGCAGGAUACAUGGACUUCCCAAAAGUCGGGGGUAUGCCUUUCUCUGUGUAUGGGAAUGCAAUGAUUCCUCCAGUAGCCCCCAUCACAGAUGGUACUGGGGGCCCAAUAUUUAAUGGGCCUCAUGCUGCUGACCCAUCUUGGAACUCGCUAAUAAAGAUGGUUUCAAAUUCCACAGAAAAUAAUGGGCCUCAGACGGUGUGGACUGGAACUUGGACACCUCACAUGAACAGUGUGCAUAUGAACCAACUUGGCUGAGUGGGAUCAACGUGCUAGACUUGAGAUUCCUUUUUCCAGAGGAAAAUAAAAAUGGCAGAAACAGUUUAUGUGCUCCCAGAUCAUUCUACUGAUGUGCUUGACUGAAGUGUGUAGGCUUUUUGCAGAAGAACUUACUAACUGACCUUUUUCUGUGAACAUUGUGACUGCCCAUUCCCCACCAUCAUACGUUUCAACUUAGUUAGCCUUUAUUCUUUCCUUUUUCUUUUUUUUUUUCUUUUUUUUUCUUUUUUCUUUUUUUUUGACAUAACUUUCUGUUGAAGCUGUUCUUUGGCUGGUUGGUUUUAGUACUGUAAACUGCUUCUGAGCAAACACAGAAAUUUAGCAAAAUUAUGUAAACUUGAUCCUGAAGUUUUAGAAUGGCAAAUAAAUGUACAAUUGUUUACAUAACAAAUGGCUAAGCAGAAAGUAAAUUUCAAUAUGUCAGUAUAGAGGCUCUACUUUAUGUAGACUUAAAUUAAUGUGAGAUAUGUACCUUCAUAUUCAGAAAUCUGGAUGUUUCCUUCAUACAUUAAACUAUUAAUAAGCAUAA